AUGGAAGCUUUCUUAGCGCAGUACGAUCAGCAGAGGGCCUUGCCUAAAGCCGAUGACGCAGUGGUGCUGGUUGCGCACCCGGACCUUGAUGUUGAUCAGACAUUGGAGCCAUCGCAAACGGCGAGUCAGCCAGCAGCUCUCUCUGAAGCAUCUUUGGUGCUGCUCAAUGAAGUCUGCGCUGCUUGGAUGCCGCCUGCCAUGAGCCGCAUGUACGGGCCGGGCAAGGAAGGCUCUUGGAAUUUUCAGGUUGACACCGAGCAUCUUCCAGCAGGGCUCGCAGAACAGAUGGACAUGUUGCGGGACAAAAUUGAUGCUGCUACGCUUCUUCUCAAGUCUCCAGCAGAUGAUUCCAAGAACGAGUUGCUGCACACCAAGCUCUUCACGUUGCUGUUGGGGGAGAGGUACCGCUCACAUGGCGAUGAGCAGCCAGCCACAAGCGGCGCCAUUGCCGCUGUCGAUUUUGAAUUCUUGUCCUUGGCGCUCCGCCGCGCGCAAUGCUACUUCUGGGCAGUGGGUAGGAAUCAAAUCGACCGAGAUUUCCACAAGGUGGCGUGGGAGCUUCAAGUUAUCUACAGUCUGCCCAGCGACGAGGCCCUGUUGGAGUGGCAGCUCUCAGAGGUGAACAAUCUCAAGGCGGAGCAGAAAUCAAAAAGUUGGUGGCUUGGAUUGAGUGAGCUCUGCCGAGAGCUGCGGAAAGUCUUGGCUGACCACUGCCGCAGCAUCAUCAAGAGCUUUCUGCGCUGGAGCGAUUCCCCUAUGCAGGACAAGAGACGCUUCUUGUCCACGAAAAAAGGCAACAUCCGUCAGCUGAGCAAAGAUCCACGUCGCGGGUGCUACGUCUACAUUCCUGCCCACAUUGCUUGGCAGGUCGAGCGUGAGUUUCAGCAGCAGGGCCAUCAGUUUUUCUCAUGUGUGUGGCUCACCUUCGAUGAAUGCCGACGAGAUCAAGGUGUCAUUGAAGAUCUCCUCAAGCUCUUCACCAGCGGAGGUCAUGUGCCCCUCCGCCGGAACCAUGAGCAGGAGACUCGAUAUUUCUCCUGGGCUUUCUGCGCCAAGGCCUGGCUCAUGAAUGCCGCGGACAUUCCAAUCAUUCCUUCGGCGCUUGAGACCAGCCACGCCAGACGUCUGAGGUGCAGCUACCUCCGGAACACCCUGACGCAGGACCUUGACAGCGUCGACAUCAAGGGCCGCGUCUGA